AUGGCUUCCGCGGCCGCUGGAUCUACUUCUGUGCGUUACGCCCCUGAAGACCCGUCACUCCCCAAGCCGUGGAAGGGUUUGAUUGAUGGGAAUACCGGAUAUCUCUAUUUCUGGAACCCAGAAACUAAUAUCACUCAGUAUGAGAGGCCUGUUUCUAUCCAUGUGCCAAGCUUGCCGCCACCACCGCCGAAUCCUCCAAAGACUGUAACACUUGUACCGAAUUCUUCUAUUCAAGGGAAGCAGUCGUCUGUUCCUUCAGUUCAUGGUCACCAGAGAGAUCUUAAGGAGGAAGAUGGGCGACACAGUGCGUCACGUGGCCACCAGGUACACUAUCUUUUGUUUACUAUCACUACCUGGUCAUUUGGGUUUUCGUGCUGGUGAGUUUUUUUUCAUGUAGUCCUAAAAUUACUAUCACUAUCUUUUUCAUUUUUUUGUCCUAUCCAUGUCCUUUUCAUGGCUCUUUAACUAGAUACACUAUUAAUAUUGUCCUUAUUUACGUUAAAUUUUCUAUCUUAAUAUUAAAUCUUAUUGGAGUCGUAAUUUUAUGACUGAAUUUCCGCUAGAAUGACCCCUUGAAUAUAUUUCCUUGUACAUGCUUCUUGAAGGUAUAUAGCGGCUGGAAUUUAUGUUCCUUUGUUAAAAAAUGUACAAUAGUUUUAAAAAUUAAGUUUCAUUUGAUAUUUCCGAAAAUUGAUUUCCAAUUAUUGCAACAUGCAUUUUUUUGACUGACAUAGGUUUAUAGGCACGGAAAGCUAAUUGGGGGGGGGGGGGGGAGUUGGUUGCAAGGAACGUUCCACCUUGUGUUGAGAGACAUUUGCGCGAAAUGAACCAUGGGGAACAUUCUGGCGUAAAGUUAAUUAUUUCUGAUCGAGAGUGAUGCAAGAAACGAGUUAUUUUUGAUCUUAUGGGCUUUUAGAAAGCUUUUGAAUCAACUAAAAUAUGCUUAUAUAUAUUAUGAAGCCCAUAUUAAUAUGUGUGCAAACUCACCAAGGAGAAGGGGGGGAGCUUGGUGGAGGGAUAAUGAUCAGGAGCCAAGAGUGGAGAACAAUUUUCGAGACUAAGCGUUAUUAUUUCUGACUUUUUUAUAAUUAAUACGAACUAAAUUUUAGGAUUUGAGUUAUUCGUUUUUAUUUUUUCCCUGAUGACCAGAAGCAUCAUUUUUGUUGAGCCGAUUAAACUAAUUUUACCGUGGAACUUUGCAUUUCUUUGUGACCGAGAUAUUAUCUCAAUCAUCGUACAUAAUGUUUGAUGAGAUUGUCUGAGUGUAUUUUGACUCAUUUUUUUUGUUCACAUUUGAGUCCCAUGUUGAUUUGAUACGGCUUUUCUGGAUUCUGAAUGUAUCAAAUUUCUACCUGCUAUUUUAUUGGCUUUUGGUAAUGUUUUCUUUUUUAUUGAAUCCUUAUAUUUGAUAAAAUUAGAGGUCUAUUCCUGUUUAAGUACGAGGAAGGUCGAUCAUAUUUGUUUUGUUGUUUAUGUUAACGGCACAUUUAUUUUUGGUCAAACUACAGACUCAUAAAGCUCAAUAACCGCAGAAAAAUAGAAUUUCACGGUCCUUCCUGUGUUACUCUUAUAGACUAUUACACAACUUCUGAGUCCUUUGGGUUCGCAAAUUUCGCAUGCUUCAAAUUUCAUUAUUUUUUAUAAGAACCGUACAUGUGCUUAUGCGUUCGUAAUAUUCUUGACCUAUAACGCUUUUCAAUAUUAUUUCAGCCAUAUAGUGGGAAGGCCAGCAUAUAUCCACAGAGUUACCCAAAUGGCUCAGUCAAUUCCGGACAUGGAACAUCUAAUGUGCAGACCCAUGGGCAUGCUGCGCACAAUUCAAAGUCAUCAGCUAGAGGACAUGGUUCUGCAGAUGUAGGAGGAGCUGGUUUAUCAAUUGAAUCUUAUCGUCGUCAGCAUGAGAUAACCAUCCAAGUAUGUUACUAUUGGCAAUUAUUUCCGUAGAUUUUUAGUUAUAGAAUGCAUCUAAUAGAGGAGCUUCUUUGUAUUUUCUUUGUCUAUUGGUUCUGCAAUAUGAAUACUUAUCCCUUGAAUGGAAAGUGUCAAUCCCUUUUUUGGAGAUCAAUGGUACUGUCUCGUAGUGUCUGUUUUUCAGUCAAACACAAUGGUAUAUGUGUGAAUUUCGUAUGGUUUUGGUGUGAGGAUUUCCCACAUUUAUCUGAAUUCGCCUUGAUAUCUAGAGUCAAAUUAUCCCCACAUUUAGGUACGAGCUAGAAAGCCGGUGGAUUUGUUAAAUGUUGAAAAGACAACUUGAAUAAGCAUAUGGUAAAGAGCUUCUCAGUCCACUUAUUUUCUUAUUUUAUAAAUGAUGUCUUGGAUAUGUCUUGGAUGGUAAGCAAUAUUACCUAUCCAGUCGUAUAGAAACUCCAGCCUUUGCUUUUCUUAUUUUUGUUGCUGAUUGUACUCCAGUCAUGCUAAGCAGUUCACUUUAUUGCAUAUCGUUACCAUUUCUUAGGAACAGAUGAAAAUUCUUCAUAUCAGGUGAAUUGUUCCGAGAAAAAAAAAUGAUUAACGCUUUUUUGUAAAGCUCCCGAAUAAGAUACAUUAUAUUUAUUCAUAUGGUUUAACUUUUGAAAACCUUGCUGCUGCACCUGGUUUGUUGCUUUUUUAUCUUCAAAUGAAGAUUCUCGUCUUAAAUGCAUCAUGUCGCAAUUUUCGUGGUAAUUGCAUCUCAGACUUUGAUCAUGUUAUUAAAUUUCCUAACCAUUUAGAGAGUGCGGUUUUCUUUAAAAAAUUAUCUCCUUUUAGGGGAACUUUCACUCUUCGUUCACAAUUCGAGUUUUCUUGAAGAAAACUCUCGUUAUUUUGAGAAGGUUUUCAUUAAAUGGUUUUCGUUCUUGAGAGAUAUUCUGGGGCACCCCUGAGGAUAGACAGUUCAGUUUUCUGGACUUGAUGGGUCAGAUUUGGGUCCGAUGCAUCCUUUGAGUACUGUUGAAAAUUUUGAUUUCCAUCCUUCUAGGUUGCCUUCAUAUUCAUGACAAUGGUUAUCUAACCUCUUUCUGUCCUAAAUAUUUGCUUCAUUUACCCCUUUUUCUGCUUUUUAAAAAAUGUGAGGUCUGCCAUCAUUUGAUUCAAGAUAUGUCUCUGAGGUUUUCGUAGAUAAUAUUUAAUCAUCUCCAUUGGAAGAAGAUUUCCUUGCUUUACAAGCAUGGGAGCUUCUUCUGCAUGAAUAGAUUGAUGAAUUUUUGGUUGAGUCUCAGCAUGAAUAGACACAAUUCAGACGCUUGAGUCACUUUUUCACGUCUUUUCAAAUCAAUUUAACGCUCUGCACACAUAUUUGACGUGAUAUUUCAUUCUGCUCAUUCUGUGUUUGAAAUUGGCUUAUUUCGGCCUAAAUUGCUGAUUAGGAUUGGAAUUGCCAUGACCGACCUAAGGACACAGGAUUGGUUCAUUGGCCCUGUUAAAAUGUAAGUCUGGAGGGGGGUGUAAAUUACUCUCUGAUGCUUUCAUAACAUUGAGGUUUUACUGGGCAUGGCAGCUUACAAGACUAGACAUCUGAUUGAGUGCUGGUGCAUUGCCCCGACUGGCAUCUAAAUCUUGUGGAUAUAUGGUGAUUUUUUUAAUAAUUCGGAAAAUUCGAAUAAUUUCUGCCUCUAUCUUUCAGUGCAAGUUAAAUUUUUUCAUAAAUGUGGUCAUCUAUUUAUCGGGCUGUUUUAUUAUUACCGAUGGUCAUUUAUCGUAAAUCUUCUUGGCCUUUAUUGGAGUUUCUUCUUGCUGUACUAUUUUUUUCUCCUUGAUCUUGUUAAUGAUAUAUUGGCUAUCAAUUUAUUAAAAUUCUACCUGAUUUCUCCAGGGAGAUGAUAUACCGGCCCCAUUUAUGACAUUUGAAACUACAGGCUUUCCCUCGGAAGUUCUGAAAGAGGUAUAUUAAAAAUGUCAUGAACGUCUUUCAGUACUGUUUAUGAACAUGUGGGUGUUGACUCUUCUGUUUGUAUCCAACUUUUCCAACUUCCAUUUUGUGCAAUUGGUGGAGGCAGACAUUAAUGUUAAGACUUAUGUCCAUCUUUUCCGGGUUCUGCAUUUUUGUCGCAGGUGCGAUAUUUGCUCCGGGGAGGAGCUAAUGUCGUACGCUGUGCUGAGCCAGUGCCGCCUUCAUUGGGUGGCUUACAUAUAGCUGGCGCGCCCAUUACGAUGGUGGUGGCGGGCCAGCUUUGGUGGGUCUUCUGAGUCACUGUAUGUGGCUCAGCAUGCUCCCAGCUGCUCGGUCCAGUCUGCCUCCCAGUCGGACACCAUGCUCUGCAGUGUUCCACCCUCAUUGGGGGUGGCUUACACUUAGUUGGAGCGCCUUAAUGGUGGUGGUGGCGGACCAAAUUUUGGUGGGCUCUCUGGUCAUUGUCCAUGACUGGGUCUGCCCCCAGGUGUUUGGUCCCAUCUGCCGUCUCAGUUGGACAGAAGGUCUUUUCCUCUGCUCCACUUUGCACCUGCAAGCGGCCAUCUUCAUCGGGGGGAUAUGCUUCUGCUGACAAUAACUUAAUUAUGGCUUAAUUCAAGAAAACGAGCCGGAGAACUUUACCCUUAAGUAAAAACCAGUGGCAAGCCUCAUGGUGUAUGUGAAUUUUCCUUUUCCAGGUACAACAUGCCGGCUUUUCAUUUCCGACACCUAUCCAAGCUCAGUCUUGGCCUAUUGCCUUGCAAGGCCGUGAUAUUGUGGCCAUCGCAAAGACUGGCUCCGGGAAAACAUUAGGUUAUCUUAUUCCAGGGUUUAUUCAUCUCAAGAAGCUCCAUAACAAUUCCCGGAUGGGUCCAACAGUGCUGGUUCUGGCUCCAACAAGGGAGCUGGCGACGCAGAUCCAGGAAGAGGCUGUAAAGUUUGGCAGAUCUUCUAGAGUUUCUUGCACGGUUAGUUUUUCUGUUAAUAUUCAUAAUACCUAUUAAUCUCUCACCUGAAAUUUGAUUUCGCGUUUCAUACCUUUUAUAUCGGAAAAAAGUUUCUAUUCAAGUAUCGAAAUCACAUUGUCUUUGGAACUGACUUUUCUUGAUUACCUUGGUGAAGUGUUUGUAUGGAGGUGCACCUAAAGGACCCCAGCUGAGAGAUCUAGAUCGGGGAGCAGAUGUCGUGGUUGCAACUCCUGGGCGUUUGAAUGACAUUCUAGAGAUGAGAAGGAUCAGCCUUCGUCAAGUCUCUUAUCUGGUCCUUGACGAAGCUGACCGAAUGCUGGAUAUGGGCUUUGAGCCGCAGAUUCGGAAAAUUGUCAAGGAGGUGCCCACCCGUCGCCAGACCCUCAUGUAUACUGCUACAUGGCCAAAGGAAGUGCGCAAGAUUGCUGCUGAUCUGCUGGAACGUCCAAUUCAAGUGAAUAUCGGCAGCAUUGAUGAACUUGUUGCUAAUGCUGCUAUCACACAGGUGAGAAAGAAGACCGCCAAUGCGCGUUUCACAUCCCCAUUUUCCUCAGAAAAUUUUACCCCGCAUUCAUCCUGUGGCCCGUCAUUGCAGUAUGUUGAAGUGAUGUCGUCCAUGGAGAAGCAGAGGCGCCUAGAACAGAUCUUGCGGUCCCAGGAACCUGGUUCCAAGGUCAUCGUGUUUUGUUCCACUAAAAGAAUGUGCGACCAGUUAUCACGUUCCCUGACGCGCUCAUUUGGUGCCGCUGCCAUCCACGGCGACAAGUCGCAGAGCGAAAGAGACUUUGUGCUGGGCCAAUUUCGUACAGGUAGAUCCCCUAUUCUGGUGGCCACUGAUGUUGCCGCAAGAGGACUGGACAUCAAAGAUAUCAGGUCUGGUUCGCUCGCAAGAACAGUAUUUCUGCGUAUUAAAUCAAUUAUCUGCUAUCGUUGCGAUGAUAUAUUGGUAAAUGUAUGUCAUUGUUGCAGGGUUGUUGUCAAUUAUGACUUCCCGACGGGCGUGGAGGACUAUGUUCAUAGAAUUGGGAGGACAGGGAGAGCCGGCGCCACAGGUCUGGCUUAUACAUUCUUCUGCGAUCAAGAUGCAAAGUAUGCGGCGGACCUCAUCAAGGUCCUAGAAGGGGCCAACCAGCGAGUUCCUUCGGAGCUGCGGGCCCUGGUAUCCCGUGGUGGGUAUGGAAAGGCGCGGAGCCGCUGGGGUUCAAGCUCUGGCGGCCGCGAUGGUGGAAGGUCCUAUGGUGGUGGGCGAAGUGAUUCUUCUUAUGGUGGGAGGAGCACAUGGGGUUCUUCUGGCGGCAGGCCGGAGAGCGGCCGUGGGGUCAGUGAUCGGGAACCUCCUCGCGACAGGUAAAUUUUUCCUUCUUUUUUCAUCUAUUUUUUUUAAUGAUAUGACGCCGUCUUCCAGGUCAGUUCUUCAUCUGUGUUCAAUCAAACACGUCUUUUUUUAGAAAAAUUCUGUCUGGGUUUUCCGAUUGGACACCUUGGAUUCACUUUUUGCUGCAAUUGUUGCUAGAUACGAUCGUGGACACUACGGUUCGCAUGAAGAUGAUGACACGCGUGCUCGUUAUGACAGCAAGGGGCAUGACGAUCGCAGGACUGGGGACAGGGGCCGCAGCCGCAGUCGCAGCCGGAGCCCGGUCAGGGGCUCCUACGGCCGUGCCGGCAGUCGGAGCAGGAGCCCCAGCAAGAGCAGGAGCCACAACGCCCACUCUGGGAGGAGCCGCAGCCAGAGCCGCAGCCACAGCCGUAGCCGCAGCCGCAGCCGCAGCCGCAGCCAUGAGAGGUACGCCGGGCACAAUUCAGGCCGCAGGCAUUCUCCGGUGGCCAAGAAGGGCCCACCGACGCGUUCGCCGCCGCCACCGCGCCACCAGUCACAUGCAUCUCAGGGAUCUCCGUCUCCGUAUAAUGGGGAUAGGAUGCAGCCAAAGAGAUCGCCUUCGCCUUAUAAUGGCAAUGGAGCACAAGCUUGGAGAUCGUCGUCUUCGCCGCCGCCGCUGCCUCAGCACAAUGCAAAUGGCGUGAGGGAAGAGGCCCCGACUGAUCGCGGCCUGAACAAUCCGAGGGAUAACAAAUCCAGGUCACCGGCACGGAGAUGUGCUGGCGGAGAGGAGGAAGAGGAAGGCAUCAUUCCAGGAGAUGAGGAUGGUGCAAUCCGUCGCUGA